AAAUCUUCACAUGUGAAGUCGACAACCAGGAAGUAAAACAAGGAAGUUUAGAAAGUUUACAAACUUUAAUUGAAACUACAUAUAGUUUGAAACGCCGUGAAAAUAUAUUUUUCUUUGAUGUUCUUUCCUAGAGAAUUCAACACAGAAAGCUGUCAGUCGUCGUAUGAGGAAGAAACAGCAUUUUGACUGCAGACAGACAUCAAAGAAUUUCAACCUUCUCAUGAAAGGAUCACGACUUCCUCCACCACCGGGAAGAUCUGGUGGUCGACCAUUACCACCAGAGCCUCCAUCUGGUGGAUCGAGUGAUGCUCCACCGCCUCUGCCAUCUAGACCAGGUCAGGGUGGUAAAUCACAUGGCAGUACUCGACUGCCUCCACCUCCAGUCGUAAAUGGACAGGACGGACCAGUAGACGACUAUUUGGAGCCAGAUGAUUGGAGCAGCAACGGACCUCCAGUUCUCCCACCCAAAAAUUUUUCUCCAGAGAGCAGUGAUGAUGAGGGUCAGACUUAUGAGGAACCUGACUUACCCCCACCUCCCCCUCAGUCGAGGCACGCACCUCCACCUGAACCUUUUGAACAGGAAACAUAUGAUGAUCUGGAAGAUGUACAACCAGAACAUUUUGAGGAACCAGGGGAGACGUAUGAUGAGUGUGAUAUGAAGCCAAUUCCACAACAACAACAACAAGAAGAGCAGCCAACCUACGAAGAAGAACAAUGUUUAUAUGAGGAGGAGCCACCUUCUGAUGAUUUCCCACAUCCAGAACCACAAGAAGAGGGUGACUGUUUGUACGAGUUCAUGCCAGAAGAAACACCUCCUGUCCCCACUCCAGCUCCAGUGCAUCAUGGCAGACCUCAUAUACCACUCCCCCCACAACCUAAUUCAGCACCUAGCCUUCCUGCCAGACCUCCACCUUCUAGACCUCCUGAUAGGGAUCCAAGUCCAGAGGCAGUACCAGAACUUCCAGGGCGACCGGCUCAGCCGAAUGCCAAAUUGGCAAAGAAAGUAUCAGGUGAAGGACCACAAAUGCUUGGUAUAUCUCUAGAACAAAUUGGUUUAAAACGUGCCAAUUUGAAAAAAGUACUGUCCGAUGAAACUGUCAAGGAACCUGAGCCAGUAACAAAAGAAGAGCCUGCUGAAAUUUCGGAAGACUCAAAUACGGUGAAGGCUCGAAUAAAUAUGUUCAAGCAAGUGGAGAAAGAUGAUUCUGAUUCAAGCGACACAACGGAUGGUGGAAACUUUAAGUCACAAAUUUCUCGUGCAAGAAGUUCUCUCAAAUCAAAGUCCUCGCCAAAAAAUAAUGCCCCUUCAGUAAGAAAUGAAACAAAAGUUCAUAUUCCCACAGAUACGUCUCAUUUAACCAUCCAAGAAAGAAUUGCAUUAAUGAAAGGUCAGCCUGUUGUUGGACAUUUGACUCAAAAUGGUCCUAAACCUGUAACUCCUAUGAAACCAGAGAUGGCGACCAAACCAACUCCUCCCGCCAAGCCCACUAAGCCACAGACUCCAUUAAAACCACCAACACCAGUGAAACCAGUCAAAGGAGUUAGUAGCAGUACAGCGCCCUCUGUUGUUGCACAGCAGUCUGCUACAGUCAAGGGAUAUUUUGAAAAGCCAACCAAUGUAGAGCAGAAAACAUCAGAGAAUCAACCUGAGAUGAUGAAGCCUGCUGAAAUUAAAUCUUCCCCACCACCAGUGAAAUCUCCACCGGUAAAAUCUCCCCCACCUCCAGUGAAACAAACCGCUCCAGUUCCACAGCCAACAUUUGAAGAAUGUGAUGAUAUAUAUGAUGAAGGGUUCAGUUAUGUUCCUGAUCCACUAAGCAGGGAAGAGUGGUACCAUGGAGAGAUUGAGAGAGCAGACACCAACAGUCGAUUAAUGUCUUUAGGACAGGAUGGUACAUUUUUGGUUCGUAAAAGUAAACAAGGAGGGGAUACUCAGCCGUAUACACUAGCUGUACUUUAUGAAGGACAUGUAUACAAUUUGAAGAUGAGAAAUAGGUCUGAUGGACAAGUGGCACUUGGUGAAGAAAAGCCUGAUGAGCUGGCAUUUAAGGAUGUACCAGCUUUGAUUCAACAUCAUAGAAACCAUGACGUUAUAUUGCUGAAUGUGAAGGAGAAAAAGCAACAUAAAACAUUACUGAAGAAACACCCUAUCAAUAUUAGUGGGAAAUGAUCAAACAAGGAAGGAAUUUGAGAUGGCAUUUUUAUAUAAAGUAAUUGAUACACAUUCUGUAACUGUUCCUAGAAACCUCUGAGUAGAAUGCUACUGUGUCUGUUUUGGUGUUUUUUGGUAUUUUCUGAAUUUGGUAUGAGAAUUUGAUAUUUUAAAUUGUUCCUUUCAAAAUCUGAGUAGAAUAUGAGUUGGCUAGGUAGAUUUUUUUCCCCAUGUUAAGAAGAAUUUCAGUAAAAUAUGGUGUAACCUCGGUUAAUAAUAACACAGAGAAAAAAAAACCUCCCUUCAAGGAGGUAUAUUUUUUUAUUCCCAUUACAUGAAAUUCUAAGUAAAUUGUCGUGUCCAGAGUAACAACCUCUAUACAACAGAUCACUGCAGUCUUCUCAGUGUUGUCCACUGCAAAGAGGUGUAUCAAUAAAUUGAAGUGUAGAAACGAUCAAAUUUUGUGACAAAAUUAUACAAAUUUCAUGUUUUUAGCUCACAUGUCACAAAGUGACAGUGUGAGCUUUUGUGAUCGCGCAGCGUCCGUCGUCCGUCCGUGUGUGCGUCCGUGCAUGCGUCCGUGCGUAAACUUUUGCUUGUGACCUCUCUAGAGGUCACAUUUUUCAUGGGAUCUUUAUGAAAGUUGGUCAGAAUGUUCAUCUUGAUGAUAUCUAGGUCAAGUUCGAAACUGGGUCACGUGCGGUCAAAAACUAGGUCAGUAGGUCUAAAAAUAGAAAAACCUUGUGACCUCUCUAGAGGCCAUAUUUUUCACAAGAUCUUCAUGAAAAUUGGUCUGAAUGUUUACCUUGAUGAUAUCUAGGUCAAGUUCGAAACUGGGUCACGUGCCAUCAAA